ACUUCCGAUACAAGGAAGCAAGUGGUACCUAACCUGUACCAGAGAAUGUCUAAUAAGGGGGCUCUGCCUGUACCUAACAUCGUUCGUCUACAUUAAUGACUGUUAUUUCAGCACAGCUUCAAAAUCUGCCCUUAUCGCUUGAAACAUCUUGACUGCCUUAAUCGUUGUUGUUAUAGUAGGCUUAAACUGGGAGAGCGUAAGCAGGCUAGGCUCCUGGGCUAGCUACUGCACAUUACCACAACUAAAUAACGCAACCCAACGUUAGCUAAUGGUUGCAAAUAAAUUAUAGUAAUUGCUGUUUGGAUGCUGUUUGCUGGUUCGAGUCACUGCAUGGAAAAUACAUAAGUUUGGCAUUAGACAGGCAUGUCUCAGUUCUCGGCGGACGACGAGGCGGAACUGCAGUCUCUCCUGAGGCAGCUACUGAAGAGCACCAAAGACCGCAUCUCUGGAGCCCCAUCUGUGGAGUGCGCCGAGGAGAUCCUGUUGCACCUGGAGGAGACAGACAAGAACUUUCACAACUAUGAGUUUGUUAAAUACCUGCGGCAGUAUGUGGAGAGCAGCCUUGGAGCUGUAAUUGAUGAGGAGUCCGAGAACUGCGCCAAGGAAGAGGGCCAUGCCAUCGGCACGGGACAAGACACACUCGUGCAUGCUGUGACGAGGAAGACCAGAGAGUCUGUGGAAUACAAGCAGAUGAUGCAGACCCUGAAGAACACCAUGAUGGUGGUGGUGGAGUCGCUCAUCAACAAGUUUGAGGAAGACCAGCUGAAGAAGGAGGAGAUGCACCGCAAGAGCCAGCGUGAGCAGUCCAGCAGCCACUACACCGACAACUGUUCUGACAGCGACUCCUCCUUCAACCAGAGCUAUGCCUUCAUCAAGCAUGAGCAGCUGCAGGUGAUUGCUGACAAGCUGGACCCGAGCAGACCCAAGGAGAUGCGCUGGGAGGCCCUGCAGUCUCUGUGCUGUGCUCCCCCCUCUGACGUACUAAGCUGUGAGAGUUGGACUGGCCUGCGCAGAAACCUGUCUGCAGCCCUCGCCGACCCUGACCCUGACCUGAGUGAUAAGGUCUUGCGAUUCUUCGCCAAAACAUUUUCCUCGUGCCCACUCAGUGUCACCAGGGAAAUCUACACCAGCCUAGCUAAAAGUUUGGAGAAUGACUUUCUGUACCACAAAGUGAGCUUUCCUGUGGCCACGGAUGGCAUGGAUGCCACCAGGCAGGAUGUGUCACGACUCCUCAAACAGAUGCGCUUGAUGAACGACUUUCAAAAGGAAGUGACUUCAUUCUGGAUACGCCACCCAGAGAAGUAUAUGGAGGAGAUUGUGGAGAGCACGCUGGCCCUACUGUCCCUGCACUCGGAGCCCGGCCUGGGACCCCACGGCUCCGAGAGGGUCCUAGAGCCUCUCCACCUCCUUGCUCUGCUCGACACCAAGGCCAUCUGGUUCAAGAAAUGGAUGCAUGGCUACUACAGCCGGACUGUGGUUCUGUGUCUCCUGGAGAGGAAGUACAAGUCAGUGAUUGUGGCCGCCGUGCAGAAGUGCAUCCACUACGCCGAGAGCUCGGACCCAGGUGGGGACGAGACCACAGACCUCACCUACGCCAUGGAACACCAGCAGAUCAGCUGUGUGCAGAGGAUGCUCUACACAGGGAAAGAGCUGGAGUAUGUCUACUUUGUGCAUUCGCUGUGCAUGCUCGGUCGCCUCCUCAUGUACACCAACGGCAGGAAACUCUUCCCCAUCCGAGUCAAGAACCGGAAAGAUCCUGUCAUGCUGACCGACUUGGUGGUGACGCUCAUCCAAAUCAUGUACCAGCACCCAAAACCCGCCUUUGAUGAUGCCACUCAUACAGACUCCCUGUCACCUACGGCUCUGGUGACGGAGGUGCUGCACACGCUGUGUGAGCGCGUGGACUGUGCGGUGGACUGCCUUUACCAGCCUGUCGUGCUGGAGCUACUCCUGGCCCCCGUCAUCACACUGCUGAAGGGGAGACCGGUCAAGCUGAAGUCACCGGAGAGCACGCUGAUCCACGUGGCCGACACGCUGGCGCGCAUGGCCACCACAGAGAGGGGGCUGUCCCUCUUCCUCUAUGACAGGAACCUGCUCUCGGCUGACGGGGACAGCAUCUCUGCGGCCCAUGUGGUAGUGCAGUUCACACAGCGUCUGCUGGCCAGGGACCUGCCUGUGCUGGCCGGGCUGGAGCCCCACAUUGCUGUUUGCGGGGCCUUCAUCUUCGUGUGCCGCCAGAUGUACAACACCUGCGAGGGCCUGCAGGCGCUGAGGCCCUACGGCCUGCACCUGAGCAUCGCCGCCGCCUGGAGGAAGACGAGCGCACAGUCAGAGCGAGUCCCCACUCCUGUGCCUGGAUCCCCCAGCACAGCCUCCACUCAGGAGACCCUAAACACGCUGGCGUGGGAGGAGACACUGCUGGACAACUUGCUGAACUUUGCGGCCACCCCGCAGGGUCUGCUGCUGCUCCAGCAGACGGGGGCCAUCAACGAGUGCGUCACCUACAUGUUCUCACGCUUCACCAAGAAGCUUCAGGUGAGCCGCUGUGAGAAGUUUGGUUAUGGCGUCAUGGUGACCCAAGUGGCCGCCACUGCCCCAGGUGUGGUCGCUCUCCAUAGCUCUGGCUUUGUCCAGGCCAUCGUGGUGGAGCUGUGGUCCACGUUAGAGUGUGGCCGAGAGGAUGUCCGUAUGGUACAGCCCAAGUCCACGCCCAUGGACCCCAUUGACAGAUGCUGCCUGAAGUCGUUCCUGACUCUGGUGAACCUUCUCUCCUCUCCGUACGCCACAUGGGAGCUGCUGGGAGGCCAAGCUUUGCCCAACAAGAGCAGCUACAACCUCAGGGAGAUGCCCACUUCCAUCAUCGAUUUGAUUGACAGGCUCAUUGCUGUUAACUCCGAAGCUAAGAUUCACUCGCUUUUCAACUAUGAGCAGUCACACACGUUCGGCCUGAGGCUGCUGAGCGUGAUGUGCUGUAGCCUGGACACUCUGCUGCUGCUGGAGGCUCAGUACCGGCUGAGUGACAUGCUGCUGCAGGGCCAGAGGGACAGCGUGAUGGACCCUGCUACCGGCGACGGGGAGUUCAUCAUUGACGGGCUGUCUGUGGAGCGCAACCACGUCCUAGUGCGCAUGAGUGUGAUUGGUGGACCCUCAGAGCGCAGAUUACCACCCCGGGCCCUUAUGAAGGGGAGUGAUCCGUACCCCUGGCCCAUGUUUUGCUCCUAUCCGGUGCCCAGGCACUACAUCCUCGAUGGGCCAAAGACCCCCAGGGGCAGGCAGGAGUCUGAGCUGAGUGCAUUCUUGGCCUCCUCGGAGGAUGCACAGCUGGACGACAGCUGGAUGGACAGCUGUAGGAGGCUCUACUGCAAAGUGAUGACCACCAAGGCCAGUUUCAUCACUGGAAAUGUUCUGUGCGACCUGCUGGAGAAAGCUGUGCUGUAUCUCUCCUCCUCCCCAGCCGAAUGCCUCUUCCCCGCCAUCGAGCCCAGUGGUCUGGAGGGCACCACUGGGGGGAGCUGUGGCCUAUCUCCCAUGGAGCAGCUGGGGAUGAGAGUCGCCCUCGGGUACGGAAAGUUCCUGAAGCUCCUGAAGGACGAUGCCGAGGCAGAGUUUGCCCUCCUCCUCUGCCACUGUAAAGUCUUCCUGUCCCAGCAGCGUGUGAAAGCCGACUCUGAGACUCUCUACACUCUGCAGGUGGGCUCCGUGCCGCCUCAUGACUGGCUGUGCUCCAGCGUGUUCCUGAUGGCGGCGGGCGACGGCUCGCGGGCGCUGGCUCUCCUGCUGCGUCUCACGCGCCUCCUGGCCUCCGCCUUCCUCUGGCCACAGAGGCUGCACGCCUCCGUGCAUCUCCCAGUAGAACUUGCCCUGUCAGGCAUCCCUGCAGUGUACUGGUGCACAGCCCACUACGUGGAGCUACUAUUAAAGGCCGAGGUGCCCCUGGUCUGCUCCGCAUUCCGCAUGUCUGGAUUCACCCCCUCACAGAUGUGUGUCCAGUGGUUGGGUCAGUGUUUUUGGAACUACCUGGACUGGCCUGAGAUCUGUCACUACGUGUGUACCUGUGUGGUGCUGGGGCCGGACUACCAGGUGUACAUGUGUAUCGCCGUCCUCAAACACCUGCAACCAGACAUCUUGCUCCACGCACAGACUCAGGACCUGCAGGUCUUUCUCAAGCAUGUGUAUAACCCGUGGUUCCUGUGUGUCCUCCAGGAGGAGCCUGUAUCGGGCUUCAAGGUGAGCAACUACCUGGAGUUCAUGGAGGGUCUGGAGCGCCGCUACAGAGCCAUGGUCCUGACGGACAUGAGGAGUAUCCUGCACACACGGCUGAUGUGACGGACAUCCUGACUAUCCUGCACGCACACACAGCUGAUGUGACGGACAUGAGGACUAUCCUGCACACACACACGACUGAUGUGUCGGACAUGAGGAGUAUCCUGCACGCACAUGGCUGAUGUGGAGUCCCUCACACCGGGCCAAGCCUCAACCACCAAGUCUGUACACGGAACCAGACCCAGGACCUCUCUGAGUCCCCAGAUAUUGCUCCUCUUAGAACAUCUAGAAUACAGCUCCUCUGUAUCCGGGACUACUCUGAACAUCCUAAUGGAACAAUCCAGACCCUCUUGUUUCAGAGCCUAUUUAUACUAAACAGUCUAAUCCAGUCCAUCCAAUGGACUCCCUUGAGGUGGAAAAAGGUGUAUCACAAUCACAGUUGAUUGAGUGUGUAUCUGCAUUUGUAAUUUAUUUGCAAUGUCAUGAGUGGUGAUAAUGUGUAAUACAGUUAGGGACAAAAUUAUUCAUACCCCCUAUUUAAUGUUGGUUUUCUCUAGACCAGUAUGUUUGCUCUGACUGAAAAUGUCUCUGCCACAUGCCAAAAGGUUGUAAAACAAUGUGGUAGAAACAUGGAAUCAGAAAAAGAAGCGUUUUCAUCUUUUUUAACUCUUCUAUGACAACAGACAUAUUGGUCAAGAGAAAAUCAACAGUAAAUCAAUUUUUGCCAGGGGUAUGAAUAAUUUAGUUUCUAACUGUGUGUAUAUGUGUGUGUGUGUGUGUGUGUGUGUGUUGCCAGCAAAUAUUAGCUCUUAAAAGACAUCUCUUUGUAUUUAUUGCAUCUAAAGUUUGUUUGUACAGUUCUCAUAAAGUUGUAUGUUGUGCCUGCAACAAUUGAUAAGCACGAUUUGCUAAUAAAAUAUCUAUGCCAUAUAAUUAA